GGCGGCGGCGGCGUGCGCCUGGCGGAGAUGAACGCUCGCGGCCCCGGGCCCAGGGCGGCGCGGCCGGAGUGGGCGGGGGUCCCGAUGCAGGCCCGAGGGGGGCCAUGGGGCAGGUCCUGCCGGUCUUCGCCCACUGCAAAGAAGCCCCUUCGACAGCCUCCUCUACCCCAGAUUCCACAGAAGGAGGGAACGACGACUCUGAUUUCCGGGAGCUGCACACAGCCCGGGAAUUCUCGGAGGACGACGAGGAGGAGACCACGUCGCAGGACUGGGGCACCCCUCGGGAGCUGACCUUCUCCUACAUCGCCUUCGACGGUGUGGUGAGCUCCGGGGGCCGCCGGGACUCUGCUGCCCGCCGCCCCCGACCCCAGAGCCGCUCAGUCUCAGAAUCGCGAGACCCGCCCCCUCAGCCCGGACUGGGCGACAGCUUGGAGAGCAUCCCUAGCCUGAGCCAGUCCCCCGAGCCCGGACGCCGCGGUGCCCUCGACGCCGCCUCUCCGGCUGAGCGCCCCCUGGAGGACCUGCGGCUCCGUCUGGACCAACUGGGCUGGGCGACCCAGGAAGCGGGAUCUGGGGAGGACUCCUCCACCAGCAGCUCCACUCCGCUGGAAGACGAGGAGCCUGACAGAUCGGAGGCAGGAGAGACUGGGGAAGAACUGGACCUACAGCUCCGGCUUGCUCAAUCCUCACCGCCCAAAGUCUUGACUCCUCAGCCCAGCCCAGGCUCUGGGACUCCCCAGGCUCGUACCCCGUCCCCGUCCAGAUCCCGGGAUUCGAACUCUUGGCCUGAUGAGCCCUCGCUGGACAAGAAAGAGGAAGAGCCGUGGAGGCAGCCAGAACAGGAGCCAAUCACGAGGCAGUGCCUCGAUAGCACAGACCAAUCAGAAUUCACAUUGGAACCACACCUUCUAGUGGCGGACUUGCUGUACUGGAAGGACACGAGGACGUCAGGAGUGGUCUUCACGGGCCUCAUGGUCUCUCUGCUCUGCCUCCUGCACUUUAGCAUCGUGUCUGUGGCCGCCCACGUGGCCCUGUUGCUGCUCUGUGGCACCAUCUCUCUCAGGGUUUACCGCAAAGUGCUGCAGGCUGUACACCGGGGGGACGGCGCCAACCCCUUCCAGGCCUACCUGGAUGUGGACCUGACCCUGACCCGGGAGCAGACAGAGCGCUUGUCUCAGCAGAUCGCAUCCCGUGUGGUCUCUGCAGCCACACAGCUGCGGCAUUUCUUCCUGGUAGAAGACUUCGUGGACUCCCUCAAGCUGGCCCUCUUCUUCUACAUCUUGACUUUCGUGGGCGCGGUCUUCAAUGGUUUAACUCUUCUCAUUCUGGGAGUGAUCGGUGUAUUCACCUUCCCCCUGCUGUACCGGCAGCACAAGGUCCAGAUCGACCAGUAUGUGGGGUUGGUGACAAAUCAGUUGAGCCACAUCAAAGCUAAGAUCCGAGCUAAGAUCCCAGGGACCGGAGCCCUUGCCUCUGCAGCAGCUGCUGUUUCCGGAUCCAAAGCCAAAGCCGAAUGAGAGGGGUGUCUCUGCCUGGGGGAGGCCUGCCCCCAUCCCCAGCAGCCUUCUGCCCCCUUCAUCUCCCUUCCAUACUCACCCUCUUCUCCCUGGCCCAAGCCAUUUCCCGGUGUGUGUUAGGAUCCCUCACGCCAGGAGUUUGGGCAAACUGCCUGAGCGGCCAGGACUACAUUUCCCAAGAGGCUCUACUCUAAGAGUCCAGGAAAGAUGAGGCACCUUGGCCGCGGGGCCUGCUGGGACUUGUAGUUGCCUAGGCAGGGCACCCGCCCUGCACUUCCGCGACCCCGCCACUGGAGGCGCCGUGAGGGGCUGGUGUCUCCUGGACACCACCGGUCCCCGCGCCGGGGCUUUGCAUGGGGCCCAGGGGAAGCCUGAGCUUGGAUUUACACUGUAAUAAAGUCUCCUGUGGAAAACUCGAG